AUGGGUGCAUUCGGGUCAUUUGGAGGUGGAAAUCAUGUCUAUGGACAAAUGACCAAGUGAGCAUGGCUUUUGCUAAAAGGGAGAUCAUAGAAAACCUAUCCUCUUCACAAUAAUCUUGAAAAAGCAUGACAUAGUCUGAUUAGCCGACAGAUGCAACAUUAAAAAGUAACUGCAGCACACAUCCGAAAUUUCAGCAAAGAUCCCGUCGUUUUUGUCCAUGGAUAUACGGGAAGUGCUGUUCGAUUUGUAGACCAGAUGAACUGGCUAAAAAUGAAAGGUUAUGAUGACACUACUCUGUAUGCUACCACCUAUGGAUAUUGGACUGGAUCUGGCACAAUACAGCCCACAAUUGAGUGCAGAUACAUUAAAACAGUAGGUCAACCUCAUCCAUUUUCAAUUCCCAAUCAUUCCUUCAGAUCCGAAUCUUGAUCCAAGCUGUUCAUUUAUUCACAAAUCGACCUGUAAAUGUGAUUAGUUUUUCCAUGGGCGGAGCGGUCUCUCGGAAAGCGAUAAUGGGCGGAGUUUGUGUGGAGACUGGAGAAGAUCUAGGACCUCCGUUGACUGGUAUCAUCAGUAAUUAUAUUGGAAUUGCCGGGGUAAUGCAUGGGGCGUUGUUUUGCGACAACUACCCAUUUACGUCGAUUUGUAAUAAAAUAAACGGAAUGAGAUGUAACAACAACUUCAUGAUUGACAUCAACUCAAAAAUUAACUACGAAGGGAGAAGAAGCUUUGUGAUUGAAAGUACGGGGGAUCAAGUAGUUGGAUUCCAAGCUUGUGGAGCACAUCCGAGUGAAUUUGUUGGCGCUAGCAUAAUAAGAUUGGACGGGUUUGCACAUGUCGAUACGUAUUUGAAAAGUUUUGACUUACAAUAUGCUAUAAUCUCAGGGCAAAUGUAAAAUAAACAAGGAUAGAACCAGCGUUGUAAUGUCGUGAAAAAGUAAUCCCAAAUCGAUUAUACCAACAUAUUAUUCAUGAUAAUUAUUAACGUCUCAAAUCUGAUCAAACAAGGUCUGCACUACCCAUAGAGCCCUUUAUGAAACAUACUUUGACUUGAAAUUGUCCUUUUAAUGAUUCAAAUAUUUCCUCAUCAACAUUUUUGGCGUUCUAAGAUUUCCGUGUUAGGACCCAGCCGGGUGGGUGGUUGAUGUAAAAUUUUUAUUGCAAUUUUUUGCCAAGAAUCUUGUGAAUGUAACUUAUCUCGCGGUUAUCUAUCAAAUUUGUCUUUUUUCAAUGCCUCAUUUUUAUCUUCUUGUCUUUAUAUUAUACUUGAUCUUUCCAGAUGACGAUCCAAUAUUUUCGUCUUCCCAAAUACGCCGUUGCUGUCUACGCAGAAAGUCGGAUCGUUUGUCUCAUCAAAUGUGGACCUGAAAAAACCGUAGUCGUAAGUGAAAUCCACAGUUUUGCAAUUUUUCCUGGUUUUAGACCAUUCCUUGGCGGCUUUGUGAGGUAAAGCUCUACCAGAUCGACCGGCUGUUGUUAGUUCACAUAAAUAACGAUAAGGAGUCCUUUGCCGGUUAUAUCUUUGCUGAUACCAAGGUUACUUUAAGCCGCAGAACAAAUAAAGUUCUUCUUUUCGCCCGAAAUCAGUACGAUCUAGGAUUAACCGCCGUGGAGAUUAGAUUCAAGGAUGCUGACGAGUUGCACAAUGUUGCAAACAUCCUAAAGAAGGUAAGAGUCAAUUUGAUCAAUAUUUUUAUACGUUUUAAAAUUUAAUUCCUUUGCUUUUAGGGCCUUGAAAUGGCAAAACUUUCCGCUUUCACCUUCUCUGAUGUGUGUCCAGACAGUUCUGUUGUUGAGUUGCCUCCGAUCUUGAUUGAAUUAGUUGGACAAGGCCCAGUUUAUUUGUUUGAAAAUGCCAAUAAGUUGAAGAAGGCUCGGGAAGAAGCUGCCGGUCGGAAACAAAGUUCAAGGGAGCUUCGAGCAAAACCAGGUCCGGUGUAA